UAAAUACAAAAGCAGCAGACUAUUUCGAAAACCACUUGCUCCAAAAAUUAUGGAAUUUAUCUCCCCCUGACACAUUUUCUGGCAAGAGACCCGUUACUUAAGUGGAAUUUACGAAUAUCUGAUACCCUCUAGGAUAUCAUACAUCAGUGACCUUGCCACGUCUUGAGCACACAUAGAUUCAGCGGUCAUUUUAGGCUUUGUGCAACAUGUUGGGACGUGGUUCCGUUAUACUGUUGGCUAUUUAUUCGGUGAUUUUGGUAUCUUCAGAAUCCAUGGAUAAUGUUCGACUAGCAGUCUCAAAAGAAAUCUUGAAUGAAUUCGUCUUCCAAGAAAAAGAGAUCACUAUUCUAUAUACAAUUUACAAUUUCCACGAAUCACGCGCUGCUAGAGAUGUUGAACUAUUUGAUGUCUUUGCCGAAACAGAAUUUACGCUAAUUCAUGGUAGCCCUUCUGCUCGGUGGCCUGUUAUACCUGCCUCUUCGAACGUCACUCAUGUUUUAAUCCUCAAACCUCAAAUAAAUGGCGUUCAUAAUUUCUCUAGUGCUACAAUUAAUUACAAGUCUAGUGAUCUGCAGAAAAGUGCCUUUCUGUAUUCUUCUGCACCUGGUCUACUUACAAUUCACAAAUUGAAGGAGUAUAAUAAGCGUUUCACUUCUCAUACGAUGGAGUGGAUUGGUUUCGCUCUGUUUGUCACACCCUGCUUAUUGAUACCAUAUAUGCUUUGGCACUCAAGUGCAUCGAAAUACUAAUUCUUUGUAAUACUCUUCUUGAUCUGUAUAUUGUUUUUUACGUUGUAUUUUGUUUAUUCGUAUCCAAUGUAUUUAUAUAUGUUGUUAUGUAUUUACAGGAUAGGGAAAGUAUUUGGUGAAUAAACAUAAAAGUGUAUGCUAGUAAUGCUGUGGAAAUACCUUUGUUUUUUUUUCUCUGCAAAUUAUAUUUCCAAGUAAAUUCAGUAAAUAGUAUUCAUCUUCGGCCAAUCCAUGAGUUUACUCAAUUUUAUUUUGAUCAUAUCUCUGACAUUCCUGAAGUUUGUUUAACUGGAAGGCAAAAAUAACCCAAUUUAGCGAAGGAAAACAAAGUUUCCAGAGUUAUAUGUCCUAUUUUAAUAGUAUAGAAUUAGAAUAAUUAAUUUAACUGUUGUAUUCAUUAUCGUUGCGAACAAUAUCUUUACUGUUUUGCAUAAGAAUGAACUUUUUGGUUACUCCACGGAUACGAUGAGCAAGAUCUUAAUUAAUCAGAUAGUGGUAACCUACGAAUUAAGUUCAAAUAUAUUUAAAAUUUUCUUGUGUAAUUUCUAACAUGACAAA